AUGCGUUUUCAUGGCCUGCCCUUCAGCUGGGCUCGUGGAAUUUUUCUGGCGCUUGCCGCCGCGACCGGUGUGUGGGCCAAGGGCACCAGCAAUUGCCCGGAGGGUGCGGCCUGGUUAGAGGACCUGAACUCGUACAACAAAUUUCCGGUGAACACGUGGGUGCCGAGCUUGGACUUUCGGGACAUUUCCUUUACCAUGAUUGCGGACAUCUACGUCUACGACCCUGCCAGGAGCGUGGACCUGCUGGUUGGGAAAUCAAGGUGCGAACGCAAAUUCCGGACAAUUGCAGUUGUGCCUGACCAGUACUCAGCUCAGGUUUGGUUUCUACCUCAAUGA